AUGGCCGCGUCUAUUUUGGAGGAGGAGGCCCGGUAUGGCUCCAGCCCGUUAGCGAUGCUAACCGCCACCUGUAACAAGUUCGGCAGCACCAGCCCGGCAAGGGACACGGCCACACCCGGCAAGCCCAUCAGCUCCGGCCCGGGAAAGAAGCCUUACGGCCUGACCUCUGACCUCCAGGCGCCCAAACGAGGCGGGGAUGGGCUGGCGGACUCCUACACCGGCGCCUUCGGCUCUGGGGGGGGGCUCCUCCCUCAGUCCAGCACCCCCCCUCCCCACGGCGGGGGCUACGGCUCUGAGUACAACCCCUUCUCCCACUCCUUCCAGAACUCUGUUUCCCAGGACCCCUCUCUGCUGGCCUCCAAGGCCCAGGCCGACUGCCUGACGAGUGUGUACACCUCACUGGACAUGGCACACCCGUACGGGUCCUGGUACAAGGCGGGCAUCCACCCGGGCAUCACCGCCCCCGCCAACCCCAGCAGCUCCCCGUCCUCCUGGUGGGACGUCCACCCCAACUCCAACUGGCUGAGCGGGGCGGUGCAGUCCCAGCCCGACCCCCUGCAGGGCUCCCUGCAGCCCGUGGCCCCCCAGGGGUCGCUCAGCCCCCAGCUGCCCAGCUACGGAGCCGACUUCACCUCCCUCAGCCCCGGCCCCUACCCCGGCGUGGGGCUGGGCAGCUCCUCCCACCUCCUGCCCGCCCCCCACCAGCACCUGCUGCAGCAGCCCAAGCCCGUGGAGCCCCCGCUGGGGCUGAAGCCCGCCCGGGGGGGCGGGUACGGGGGGGCCCCUGGGGGCCGGUCCACCUGCGACUGCCCCAACUGCCAGGAGCUGGAGCGUCUGGGGGCCUCGGCCGCCGCCCUGCGCAAGAAGCCGGUGCACAGCUGCCACAUCCCGGGCUGCGGCAAGGUGUACGGCAAGGCCUCGCACCUGAAGGCCCACCUGCGCUGGCACACGGGCGAGCGGCCCUUCGUCUGCAACUGGCUGUUCUGCGGGAAGCGCUUCACCCGCUCCGACGAGCUGGAGAGGCACGUGCGCACGCACACGCGCGAGAAGAAGUUCACCUGCCCGCUCUGCAGCAAGCGCUUCACGCGCUCCGACCACCUCAGCAAGCACCAGAAGACCCACGCCGACGCCCCCGCCCUGGGGAAGGCCCCCGAGGGCCCGGCCAGCCCCCGCCCCGAGGGCCCCGCCGACCCCACGGCCCCUGUGCCCCUGGACCCCGUCUCCAACGGCGACGAUAAGAGUGGGGUGGAGCCGGGCACGGGACUGCUGGAGAUUUGA